AAUGAGAUUCUUUCUCGUACUAGCUCUGGCUGUUUUCGCCUUUUGCUUAGUUGAAGGCGUUUCACCCGCAAGUUCUGAUUCAGACGUGGACUCUAGUAGCAGUUCAGAAGAAGGAACCAAUAGUGGCACGGGCACUAGCACUUAUACAGGAACAGGAACAGAGACAGAAAGCACGACUACCACCACAACUACUACUACCUCAACCAAAGCACCCGUGGUCCACCACCGUCGGCACCGGCGAGGCAACCUCCGCAGGAGGAGGAACCGUCGCAGACAAGCCGCUGAGCACAGAAGGCGUCGUAGGGGUUAA